UCGUGUCCUCCGAAAACAGAGAACCGCAAAAGUAUAUGAACGAAUACACCUUUGGACAAAGAAAGCACGAAGGCACAGAGAGAGAAACACUGCGAGAGAGAGAGUACGAGACCCCCACCACCCGAAUUUCUCAAAACUUGUUAAACAGUAUCGAAAAGUUAACGAAAUUGAAAGAAUUUCGCGAAAUGGAAUUCGAGGAUCAAGAGGAGCAGGAGGAGGAGCUGUGUAUGGGUGGCGGCGGAGCGGGUUACGACCCGACCCGGAUGAAGGUUCCGGUAGCGGCGGAGCCGGUAAGGAGCACCAACGGCGGCGGCGGAAGGGCGAGGUACAGGGAGUGUUUGAAGAACCACGCCGUUGGGAUCGGAGGCCACGCGCUUGACGGUUGCGGCGAGUUUAUGGCGGCGGGGAUGGAGGGCACCCUUGACGCGUUGAAAUGCGCCGCGUGCAGCUGCCACCGCAACUUUCACCGUAAGGAGGCGGAUUCCUCCGCCGUGGUCGCCUUCUCCGGCGGGGACCCGUACUUAAUUCCCCACCACCACCCGCCGCCGCAGUUUGCGGCGUACUACCGUCAUCCGGCGGGGUAUCUCCACGUGGCGGGACAGCAGCACCGUUCGGCGGUGGGGGGGACGCUGGCGCUGCCGUCGACGUCCGGCGGCGGCGGAACUCAGAGCACGCGUGAGGACCAGGAAGACAUUUCGAACAAUCCGAGUGCAGGAGGAACAGGGUCCAAGAAACGGUUCAGAACAAAAUUCACUGUGGAGCAAAAGGAGAAAAUGCUUGAACUUGCUGAAAAACUAGGGUGGAGGAUUCAGAAACAGGACGAGGCUGUGGUCCAAGCCUUCUGCAACGAAACCGGUGUCAAGCGUCACGUUCUCAAGGUUUGGAUGCAUAACAACAAGCACACCCUCGGUAAGAAGCCCUAGGAAAGAACAAAAACAAAAAAAGAAAAAGAAAAGUCUCCAACUUGCUACCAUCUUUAGGGUUUCUUUCUCUUUUUUCCAUUAAGGACUGUUAAUUUUAGUGUUUCAGGAUGUAGCUAGGUAAGGUUAAUUAUUGCUGCUGCUGGACUAAUUUUAAUUUUCAUUCAAGUGCCAAAAAAUGCAGUCUUUCAUCAGUUAUCUUCUUUUCUUUUUUUUUUCUCAUUGUGACUGCGACAUGUUCUAGUUUUAGUAUUUUUGUGCAGUUUGUUACAACGGUGGUGUAGUGACGCGUUUGGAACCUUUUUUUUCGGGUGGAUGAUAUCACGAAGGUUAAUUAAGAUGGCA